AUGUCAGUUGCGGACGUGGAGAAUCCACCGACGAAUCUCUAUGGCCCUCCGGAACUUUGCUCCGAACUGAAGGAAAUAGAACAACAUUAUCCGGGCGAUGUCUCCAUCGACUACGCAAAAUACGAGUAUUUGAAGGAUCUGGGAGAAGGUGAGAGUUUACUGGUUGGAUUGUUUUGAUUUUAGGAGAGAACGUAGGACGAAUUUUUUGAGUUCAGCCUUGAUCAUGGAUAAGAUAAUGUCUUGGCAAAUUUAAUGGUGAAGGUAUUGACCAAUUCUUCUGGCUUCUUUAAUAUACCUCAAACAUACCAUGCAUAAGAUAUUUUUUGCAAAAAUUCAGUGAAGUUUCAUUUCGAAGCGGCUGAAAUAUUGUCCAUGAGGUAUCCGAUGGAUAGGAUAAUUUUUAUCUGAUUUUCUGCCAAGGAAGCUAUCUUUUUAUAUUCCAAAUAGGUUAGACAGCUGCAGAACAUCAUGGAGAAACUCUGUCGAAUCAAAUAAUCUUGUUUUAAACAAUGUUUGAUCACAUUCUUGCCUUAAACUUAUAAUUUUAUGUCUAAAGUUAGACCGUUUCCAAUUUUUUCACGAAAGUUCAAUGUAAAAAUAGCUCAAAUCGUUUAUGAAAAGCUAGAUCAGGGUCCUGUACACCUAUUUACAUUUUCCCUCGUCUAUUUCCAGGCCAAUUUGGAGUAGUAAAGCUCAAAUACAGCACUGAGAAUCCUAAUGAAAACGUUGCUGUAAAAACCCUGAAAAUUGAUGGAAAUCCCCAACUUCUCCGAAAAUUGGCGUCAGAAUUGGCUAUACUGAUGUUGGUACGACGACAUCCCAAUAUUGUCUCAUUGAAAGGGCGAAGAGGCUCUCCGGCAUUGCCAUUCUACGAGAUCUACCUGGAAUAUUGUGAUGGAGGAGAACUUUUCGAUAGAAUCGGUAAGUGUUUGACGAUUUGGCUUCUGUGUUUAGAUUGCAAAAGAUGCGUGAUGUGUGGUAAAACGUGUUUUGUCAAAUACGAUCGCGCUAUUUGUGGUUUACAAAGUUAUUUUGCAAAUUUUUAUCAGCUGGGUCAUGGAGAAUAUAAUUUUUGAGCGGCUCCCCGUUUUUUCGCUGUUUUAUAAAAAGUGACGCAUGUUAACAUAUAGAACAGAGUAUUUUGACAGUAAUGUUAAAUUUUUAGAGCCAGAAAUUGGUAUGGAAUUUGAUGACGCCAAAUUUUUCUUUAUGCAAUUGGUCCAAGCGUUGGACUACAUUCACUCCAAAGGAAUCUGCCAUCGCGAUAUCAAGCCUGAGAACAUUCUGCUCACUUCAAGAGGUAAAAAUGACAAAAUUUUUUUAUAUUGUUCAUGAUGACUUGUCAUGGAUAAUAUAAAAAUUGUUCAAAUGUUUAGUUAUUUUGUUGUAAAUAGGAAAUCGAGGGCUGUUUAUAAUCAUAUGUGGCCAGAAAAUUGGUGUCAAAUACCUUUUUGAUAUUGUACUAGGCCCGUUUUUCAGAUAUCGUCAAAUUGAGUGAUUUUGGAUUGGCAACUAUAUAUAAAACCGCUGGAAAAGAGAGAAUAUUGACUCAGGUCUGUGGAACACCUCAGUAUGCUGCUCCAGAGGUUCUUGUCGAACAGAAAUACAGGUUAGUUGUCUAGUACAAUAUAAAUUAUGUCUGGAAAACUGCGGGUUUAUACUUAAAAUGAGGAAAACAAAUGGUGUAAGACAAUUAUUCAUUGUUUGAACAUUCAUUUUUAUUUUUAAAAUACGAUAUAACAAAGAUUUUUUCUUUUAGAGGUCCACCGGCCGAUAUCUGGUCAGCCGGAGUAACAAUGCUGGUCGCAUUAACGGGAAUCAUGCCUUGGGAGUACCCCAGUGCCGAAUCGCACACAUUCAAAGAGUUUGCAAUCGAGAAAAAACUCACUGGCCCACCAUUCAACAAACUGGACAUUGAUACCUUGAGUAAGAUCAUUUUUUCGUUUUUUUUUUCUUAUGUUUAGAGCUGAAGUGGCAUGUUUUACAAGUCUGUUUUGAUAUUACAACAAUUCACGGUGGUUUUUAUUAUGAAUUCCGAAGUUUUUUUUAUUUUUUUCCACUUGGAUUCGAACCAGCGCCAAAAUUUUUUGAAAUUCUUAUUUCCAUUUCACCAUGCGAGUACAUUGGACAAAAGUCGUUGUAAAUUGUAAAAUACGACAAAUGCUUUAAAUGCGUUUAGUUUUACAGCCGGAAAUUGAUUUCAAUUAAAUUUUUCGGACCUUGUUUUAGUCUUCCUCCAGUCCCUCAUCACGAUGGAUGUGGAAAAACGCACAACGAUCGAAAAGAUUAAGGAAAGCCGAUGGUUCACGACCGAUCCAGGCCGACGGUCGCCGAAUCCAAUGGCCGCUGAUACGAAUGAUUCAUCCGCAGCCACUCAGCCGGCUCAGUCGAGGAAGUCCAUGUACGAUCAAUCGCUGUCGCAGCUGGAAAGAGCAUUGUAAGUGGGGAGUUUUUUUGGGUUUAUUGGAAAGUUUUGAGCAUUUGGGUCAUUCAGAAUGGCAUAGUUUUGAUUUUGCAACUUGUUUUGGUUUUUUGAAAUCGGCGAGCUGCGCCCUAAGUUUGAGUGAAAACGAAGGUUUUACGUGUCGGAAAUAAGAGAAUAUGGUAAAUAAUGAAGAUACACGCUGUAAUUAUUGUAAAUUUUUGAAUUUUAGCGUUUUUUCAAGAUUUUUUCUUGGCAGACUGCGCCCUAAGUUUGACAAAAAAAGGAAGAUUUUACGUAGCGGAAAUAAUAGAGUAUGAUAAAUAAUGAAGCUACAUGCUGUAAUUAUUAUAAAUUUUUGAAUUCUAGCUUUUCUUUCAAGAGUUUUUGUUGGCAGACUGCGCCCUAAGUUUGACUGAAAACGAGGAUUUUACGUAGCGGAAAUAAGAGAAUAUGGUAAAUAAUGAAGCUACAUGCUGUAAUUAUUGUAAAUUUUUGAAUAUUAGUUUUUCUUUGAAAAGUUUUUGUUGGCAGGCUGCGCCCUAAGUUUGACUGAAAACGAAGAUUUUACAUAGCGGAAAUAAUAGAGUAUGGUAAAAAUGAAGCUAAAUGCUGUAAUCAUUUCAAAUUUUUUGAAUUUUAGCUUUUAUUUCGAGAGCUUUUGUUGGCGAGCUGCGCCCUAGCUUUUUUAAAAAAUGAGGGAUUUGAAGUUUGAAAAGUUUAAAACACGAUUUUUGAGUCAGGGCACCAGCGGUGGUCUUACAAGGAAAGUACUUCUAUGGGGUGUGGAGUUACAGGUCGAGAUAUAUAUCAAAAAAUUCGCAAAAAUUUUCUGAUUCAGAAUGUAUAAAAAUUAGCUGCCUAAUUUUGGUUUGAUGACAUGUUUUUGUCCUCAGAAGUUUUCUCGCGACACCAUGCAAGUGUCUUUUUGACCGUGUUUUUACCAAUAAAAAAGUUUUGUUUUGUGUUAAAAUAAAUUCUGAGGCCUUGGCAAGCCUUAAAAUAUCAAAUUGGAUUACAACUACACCUUAAAAGUAGUUCCAACCUAAAAAAUGGGUUCUAGUGUGGCAAAAAGAACCGAACCCGUCCCCCUUGGAUUUCCAAUCUAGCGCUCUAACCACUCGGCCACACCGCUCUCUUCCGAAGGAAGAGACCGAGCGCGCUUUUGUUGCCGCAGAUUUUUUCCUCGAGAAAUACAUUUAUUGAUAAAACUCGUUGAUAGACCAAAAUUAGGCAGCUAAUUUUUAUAUAUUCUGAAUCAGAAAAUUUUUUCGAAUUUUUUGAUAUAUAUCUCGACCUGUAACUCCACACCCCAUAGAAGUACUUUCCUUGUUAGAAAAAAAUCGAUUUUGAGAUUUUUGGCUUAAAAUAGUCGGUAGCACUUGUGGAAGAAAAGCUAAAAAUAUUUUUGUCCAAUUUUGCCCGGAAGGCAUAUUUUUUUACAAAAUACGUUUUUACACUUCAAAGCCUCUGGAGGCCGAUGUGAUCCGACCACAGAGAUCAAACCUGGCAUACAGGGGUUUUUGACACCCUGGAAUCUGAAAAUCGUAGCAUUUUUACCGUCAGAUUACUGUAACAUGGUCAUACUAUAAACCGGUCGACAAAAAUCGACGAUAACUUCUUUAGAUCAAAAAUGCCACAGGAUUUUAUUGCAGAUUCGGAAUCAGCAUAAAAUUCUGCUUCGGAUACAUGUAAAAUAUGUUCAAAAUUCCGUGGCCCAACGUCUGUAGUAUAGUGGUUGUGCGCCAGGAUUAUCAAUCUGGCGACCCAGGUUCGAUUCCCGGUGGCUGCAAAUGGCAGAAAAUGGACUAUAAAAGGGCGGAAACUUGGAAAAAAGGGAAAAUAAAUUACAGAAAAUUAAUUUUAUGCUACUUAGGACCAGUUUAAAAGUUUUUGCAAGAAUUACGCAUAAAUUACGGUUUUUAUGGAAAACGCCUUAUAGCUUGCCGGAAAGUGGAGCAAUCUGGUUAAAAUUUAUAGAAGAGGUUACUGAGGCUUCCUACUACAAAAUAAGUCCAUUUCUGCUUAUUUCGUUAAAUUUUUGGGAUAGCCUGGAUUUUCUUUCAAAUUCGGGAUUUUAAGAAGGCGAGCUGCGGCCGAGGUUUAUUGAACGGAACAAUAUUUGACCAAAAAGUCAUAUAAGAUUCACAAAAAGUCAUAUAAGAUUCCCUAACAGCACCGGGAUCACACAGCUUGCAAAACUUAGGCCGUCUUGCGUAUCCCACGAAAAACGGAGCGCGUGGACGCUCUAAUGAUAAAUCUACAUGAAGACUCAGUUGAUAAGGAACAGAGGCUAAAUUACGGGACUGUAACAUGCGUGCUUCCUUCUGAAAACCAAAUAAUUGUUUUAUUUUGUUUUGUAUUACAUUCCUCGACGGAUUUGAAGAAUAUUGCAUAGCAAGCGUUAUCUAGAUUCACCACAACUCUUUAGUUGCCAUUUGGGGCGAUCUUACGAAUGCUGUGAGGCGUUUUCCAUAAAAACCGUAAUUUAUGCGGAAUUCUUGCAAAAACUUUUAAACUGCUCCUAAGUAGCAUAAAAUUAAUUUUCUGUAAUUUAUUUUCCCUUUUUUCCAAGUUUCCGCCCUUUUAUAGUCCAUUUUCUGCCAUUUGCAGCCACCGGGAAUCGAACCUGGGUCGCCAGAUUGAUAAUCCUGGCGCACAACCACUAUACUACAGACGUUGGGCCACGGAAUUUUGAACAUAUUUUACAUGUAUCCGAAGCAGAAUUUUAUGCUGAUUCCGAAUCUGCAAUAAAAUCCUGUGGCAUUUUUGAUCUAAAGAAGUUAUCGUCGAUUUUUGUCGACCGGUUUAUAGUAUGACCAUGUUACAGUAAUCUGACGGUAAAAAUGCUACGAUUUUCAGAUUCCAGGGUGUCAAAAACCCCUGUAUGCCAGGUUUGAUCUCUGUGGUCGGAUCACAUCGGCCUCCAGAGGCUUUGAAGUGUAAAAACGUAUUUUGUAAAAAAAUAUGCCUUCCGGGCAAAAUUGGGCAAAAAUAUUUUUAGCUUUUCUUCCACAAGUGCUACCGACUAUUUUAAGCCAAAAAUCUCAAAAUUGAUUUUUUCCUAACAAGGAAAGUACUUCUAUGGGGUGUGGAGUUACAGGUCGAGUCAUAUAUCAAAAAAUUCGCAAAAUUUCUCUGAUUCUGAAUAUGUAAAAAUUAGCUGCCUAAUUUUGGUUUGUAAGGGUAAAAAAACCCUCGGAACUUUUCUCGAAACACCACGCAAAUGCCUUUUUGACAAAGUUUUUACCAAAUCAAAAGCUUGCUUUUGAGUUAAAGUAAACUCUGGUAUCUUUACAAGCCUUAAAAUAUCGCAUUUAAUUUAUACUACACCUUAAUUAGUAGUUGCAAUGUAAAAAAGGCGCAUUUUCAUGGUGUUGCGAGAAAAGUUCAGAGGAUUUUUUCACCCUUACAAACAAAAAUUAGGCAGCUAAUUUUUACAUAUUCAGAAUCAGAAAAAUUUUGCGAAUUUUUUGAUAUAUGACUCGACCUGUAACUCCACACCCCAUAGAAGUACUUUCCUUGUAAGACCGGGCCCCACUACUGGCUGACGCAGUGACUCAAAAAUCGUGUUUUAAAAUUGAAUGAAAAUGGGUUUAAUGGAUUGCGUGAUGGGGCAGAAUAAAAUAUUUUUAUUUUCAGCGAUGCGGACCGACCAAAAUACGCCUUCUCACAGCCCUUGGAAAACGAGCUUUUAUUGUUCUCGCAGGCCCAUAUUGGAGCUUCUCAAGCCACUGUUUUUGUAAGUGUGGACUUGUCAUUGUGUUUCACAACGUAUUUGAUAAUUUUUAAAAAAUUUUGAGCUAGAUUUUUGAGCAAUUUUUUAUUGGCCCACCUAGUGUAAUAUAAAUUAAAUUUUAGCAUCCUUUGCACAGUUUCGCCCGAAGAAUGACCCGGUUUUGUGCUGAGGACACAAUUGACGAAUUGGUCUGUCGAAUUGAGGAGGCGUGCGCCACGUUGGGAUACUCAACUUCAGUCCAACAGUCACAUCAGAUCUUGGUGAUGACAACUUAUGGCCGAAGAACGGUCCAUUUUGUGAUUCAAAUAUUCGAAGUCAGAGGUGGAAAGCUGUUGGUGGAUGUGAGAAGGUGGGGCUUGGAGAUUUGGGAGAUGAAAAAUGGAUUUUUUGGGGGAAAUUGGAGAAAAUUGAGGAAUUAUGUUGUUUUAGGUUGAAAUAUGGGGUUUUUGGUGUGAAAAAGGUUCUAAAAAAGUUCAUAAUGGCCUUUUAUAGAUUUUUAAGGACAUUUUCUUAUUGAAAGAUUAUUUUAUUAUUUUAAAAAUCAAGUAUUUUGAGAUUUUUUGUCCAAAAAUUCUCGAUUUUGAGGGAAAAUUAAAAUUUUUUUUGUGUAAAGUAAUAUAAUUUUUGACUCGAUGGCAUGCAGGAUUUUUUUUUAUAAGCCAUGACUUCUUUUUUGACUACAAAACUACAAAAAAGCAAGAUUUUUUAAUUAAAAUUAGAAUUUUAUUACCUAAAAUAAUAUAAUUGCUCAUUUCUCCCAUUUUUUUAGAUCAAGAGGUCUCGGAAUGGACUUCAAAAACGUCUACAAGGCCUUCAGAUCCGCGAUUGAUCCCUUUGUCCUGGCCGAAUCGGACACAUGGCUCAAAGAACUGGGUUUAAUCCCGGAAACCCCCAAAUCCGCCCCAUUCGCCUCGAGCAACGGACCUCUAAAGGCGUCCAAUAGCAGCGCUGUAAAUUGUAAUUGA